AUGACCAUCUCCCAACACCCUUCCCCCGAGGAACUUCACCUCCUCUACGUCCUCCUCGAUUCCAACCUCCCUACAGGGGGUUUCGUAUCCUCCUCCGGUUUAGAAUCAUUCGCCAAACAUGGUCUCCUAUCUCCCAUUCCACCUUCUUAUUCCUCCUCUGGUGUUUCUUUGAAGGGGAGAAGGAGUGUAGGAGAAGGUAUAACCGAAUUCGCCAAAGUGGAAGUAGAAAAUUAUAGUAUGACAACCUGUAUAUUUGUCAUCAGGGCUUAUCAAAUCGUACAUAAAGCUUUAUCCUCUCAUCUCCUCCCAUCCCAAGAACAAGAUACAGAUGUCGAAGGGGUAGUAGAAGAUAUCAUACAGGUGGACAAGUAUAAUGAAUCUACUUUGUUGAAUCAUGUAGGAAGGAGAGCAUCGAGAGCUCAGGGUGUAGCUAUGUUAACUCUUUAUACGAGGGGAUUAUCCAAUCCUGCCGAAUCACCAGACGAUAACCAAGAUGGUGUAAGCGAUGAUAGGGAGACGAGAACGAAGUCGAGGGCGAAGAAGAUAAUUGAUUUAUACAAGAGAUGUAUUAGAGGAAAUAAGUCUCCAGGUCAUUUGGCGGUCUGUUGGGGUGUCAUGACUGCUUGUAUUGGAUUAUCCUUAGAUCGAUCAAUCCAUCUUCAUCUAUUCCUUCACGCUCGUUCACUUCUCUCUUCAGCCGUACGUCUCAACCUUAUCGGACCAUAUGCCUCAAGUCAAUUGCUCUUACAUCCUUUUAAGAGAAUAAUCGAUGAUCAGGUGGAAGCGUUGUACAAAGAUGGUCAUUUGGACGAUGUCAAGUCUCAAUGCCAAGAUGUGGUCGGGAUUUCAUUCCGAGAGGAAGAGAAAGAGGGAGAAGACGAUUUCUGGUCAUGGGCUGAUGAAACAAAUACGCAAAGUCCAAAGACCACUUGGCCAUUAGGUGAGAUAUUGAUGAGUAGACAUGAUUUACAACAUUCACGUAUAUUCAAUUCGUAG